AUGACUGCCAGCACAAUCGACUACCAGCACUUCCUCAGCGAGUCGUCUAAGGCCAGGGAGCCUAGCGCAAUCAGACGCCUGAUCCCCCUCACAAAGAUCCCAGGAAUGAUUUCGUUGGGUGCCGGUGCUCCUAAUGGGGACCUGUUCCCCUUCGAAGGGAUUAGUAUCUCGCUUAAGAAUGGGCAGUCCCUCCAGGUUGACUCUAAAGUCCUCAACGAGUCCUUGACCUAUGGCCCCUCUGACGGCAUCCCACAAUUGAACGGCUGGUUGAAAGAGUUGCAAAGGAUCCAACACGCACCCCCCAAGGACUUUGUAGUCUCUAUCGGAACAGGAUCGCAGGAUUUAGUCACAAAGGCCCUACAGAUGUUGAUCUCUCCUGGCGAUAACGUCCUCUUUGAGUCCCCAGGAUAUGUUGGCGUCAUCGCCUUCCUCCGCCACCAACCCUGCAACCUCAUCGGUACUAUUCUUCUUCUUGAUAACACUGGAUUUGGACACAGAAAGGAAAAUGUGCAAUGGUUCCAGGAUGUGGACCUGGAUUCGCAUGGAGUGGUGCCUGCAAAGCUUCGGGAACAACUGGACAACUGGCCCGCAGACAAGAGGAAGCCAAAAAUGCUCUACACCGUCCCUGUCGGCGGCAACCCCACCGGUGUCAGUCAGACCCUGGAGCGCAAAAAGGAGAUCUAUCAGAUUGCACAGGAACAUAACCUCUUGAUCCUUGAGGACGAUCCCUAUUAUUACCUCCAGUUUGGGGACAAGAUCCCCUCGUACCUCUCGAUGGAUGUUGACGGACGCGUGUUGCGGUUUGAUAGUAUGUCCAAGAUCUUGUCGUCGGGGCUUCGUGUCGGUUGGGCCACUGGACCUAUCGAGUUGGUGAAUGUCAUGAACCUCGUUACUCAGACAGCGAAUUUGCAACCAUCAAGUGUGGCACAGGCUAUCACAUACACGCUCGUAGACUCAUGGGGCCACGAUGGCUUCUACGCCCACACUCUAAAAGUCGCCGCAUUCUACUCCCAGCGCUGCCAACUCUUUUGCUCCUACGCCCGCAAACACCUCGCGGGACUCGCCGAAUGGGUCGAACCCGAUGCAGGAAUGUUCGUCUGGUUCUACCUCAACGGGAUUGAGGAUUCGUUUGAUUUGAUUCUGACAAAGGCCGUGGAAAAGAAGGUGUUGCUUGUGCCCGGGAUUGAGUUCUUUUGUCAUCCCAAGGAGGUUGGACCGGUGCAGUUUGUGAGGGCUUCGUUUUCGAAUGUCUCUGAGGAGGAUAUGGAUGCCGGAUUGGAGAGGCUUGCUAGUUUGUUGAGGGAUCAUAUUGCUGAGUCUAACAACACCAACACUAUCGACAACAAGUAG